GGACAUGGCAGGCGUCAUCUACCAUCUUCAUAGGGUGUGAGGAUGCUUUGAGAGGGAGAGUCCUGAGAUCCUUUGAUACAUAGAUGCUGAAACACAGGCAGAGCAAGGGCAGGGGAAUUAUACAAAGUCAGCAGGGAGUCCUACAGAGUCAGGAGCAGAGGGAGAACUUGCCCUGGAUCUCUGGACUCCCAGGCCUGGCCUCUUCCACAGCAUCCUGCCAAACUCUCCCCUCUGGAAGGAAGUUGGCCUUAUAUAUACCCUUCCUGGCCUGCUUUACCAGAGUCCUUGAGACUGGCUGAGGACUGGUUGCCAUAGAGAUGGCGGGACGGGCAGUUCCAAGGUUGGCAGAUGGGGGUGGGGGAUGCGGCAAGACACCAAUAUGCUAAACACCCACCAACAGUCGGUCAGGACCGCAUCGAGGAGACCAGGGCAAGACACACGACAGCAGGCUCCAAGGACGGUCACAGGUCUGCUCCAGCUUCUCUCAAGCAUCCCCCAAGCUGAGCAGGGGAGUCUUGGGAGCGGUGAUGCUGUAAUUCAGAGCCAGCAGCAGAGGUCUCGGAGCGCAGGGCAGACGGCAAAGAAGGACCGGAGGCUCAGGGGCCGGAACAAGAAAGGGCAAGGCUCUGCUGAGGCUGAGGAUCUCGUCCCCUCUCCUCCUCGGAAACCCUCCUUCCCCUUCCAGUGGGCCUGGGAGAGCUUCACCUCAGAUGGCCGGGCUCUGCUUCAGCCAGGCUCCACCUCGGCUCCUGGCCACCAAGCCCUGCCCUUGCCCUCAGAGGCCCAGCAGCACAAGUCCAGGCGCAAGUCCACGGCCAACCUCCCGGAGGCCCAUGGCUUCUGCUGGAAGACAGAGGCGCCAAACCUGGAGAGGGGACAGCACCUCAGGGCCUGUAGCUGCAUCCCCAUCCCUCCAGGCAACGAGGGGAGCCAAGCGCUGGAGCCGCCUGGGAAGAGCUCGCCAUUGGGGUCGGAGUCCGAGGAGGCUGAGCAAGAGGGCCCAGGUGCUGAGGAGGCCAAGAGGGGUCUGAGCCCUGGGGAACUGCCCCAGCUCCCCAGAAGGGGGUCGAUCCUAGAGGAGGAGCUGUCUGCAGAGGCCAUGGAGGAGGCCGAGGAGGGCGAGCACAGGGCCUCCCAGAGAAGGAGGGCGGGCUCUCGAAGAAAGGGGCGGAAUUCUGGCGAGGAGGCCUGGGACGAGAGUGAGCUGCGGGGCCAGGGGAGCGGCUCCUGCUCCAACAACCUCCGAGGACCGCAGAGGAGGAAGACAAGGGCCAAGGAGCCGGAGGGGCCGUGGGACCUGGACAAGCUGCAGAGGCAGCUGCAGCUGGAGCUGGACGGUGGCCCCGAGAAGCAGCCCUGGAAGGCUUUGCGGGCUGCUGUUCAGGCCUCCUGCUGGAGCAAGAAGGCCCAUGCCUUGGGAGAUGAUGAGACUUUCCUGUUUGCAAACUUCCCAAACCGCACCUUCCACAAACGACAGGAGGCCACCAGAAACCUGCUGCAGGCCUGGGAGCGGCAGCAGCAGGAGGAACAGCAGCAGGCAGAGCUGCGGCGGGCCCGGGAGCAGCGGGUACAGAAGCAAGUGGCUCGCUGCCUGGCAGCCUACGCACCCAGAGGGAGCCGGGGGCCGGGGGCUGCUCCGCGCAAGCUGGAGGAGCUGAGGCGCCAGGAGCGACAGCGGUUUGCUGAGUACCAGGCAGAGCUGCAAGGCAUCCAGCACCGGGUGCAGGCCCGGCCCUACCUGUUCCAGCAGGCCAUGCAGGCCAACGCCCGGCUCACUGUGACCCGGCGCUUCUCCCAAGUGCUGUCGGCACUGGGACUGGAUGAGGAGCAGCUGUUGGCUGAGGAGGGAAAGGGGGACACAGGGGGCACCCCCAGGAAAUCCAGGAACCAAAGGUCAGUGGGGGCGAGAAUGGAGCACUCUCCUCAGAGCCCCCCAAAGACAGAACCCACUGGCAGCCAGCCUGAGGAGCACUCCACCCCAAGUCCAGACGAAGAGUCCAGUCCCUGAGAAAAAAAUUAAAUGCUUUGUGGAAAAUA